GAAAUUUCGAUUCGAUAUUUAGUUUGAUGGUAACUAAAAUUAUUUUUUUAGAUUAAAGACAUAAAAACAUACAGUAUAUAUAGUAUAAUGCACAGUCGAGUUGGAUGUUUUUCACUUUUCCUUCCAUCCCAAGCAAACCAUCAGCUGUCUUAACAUUAUCAAACUUGUCUGCCACCUUAAAAUUCACUCCUCUACCAAACAUCCAACUCGAUUUCCUUAAUUUAAUUUCUUAUUUAUUUUUCAAAAAAAAAAAUAUUCCAAACCCCUCAUUAUAUAAGCACUGAUGUAAUAUGCUUCUCUCCAUCAGUGCAUUAUAACUCCAUUUUUUGGAUCAACCAGUAAAAGAGUGUGCAAGAAAGGAAAAAUGAAUCAGAACACUAACCUCUCGGUUUUCUUGUUUGUCUUCCUCGUCCAAUGCACCGCCAUUCUUUCUCAGUCUCCAGCACCAGCCCCGGCACCACCUGGUCCGACGAAUAUCACCGCUAUACUUGAAAAGGCUAGCCAGUUCACGAUGUUCAUCCGGCUGUUGAAGAGCACACAGACGGAUGACAGGAUCACCUCAGAGCUCAACGGCACAAACCAAGGCCUGACCGUCUUUGCUCCCACAGACAACGCUUUCGCCAAUCUGAAAACGGGCACCCUCAACUCCUUUGACGACGAACAGAAGUCCGAGCUGAUUAAUUUCCACAUGCUCCCAAUGUUCUUCUCCGUCUCCCAGUUUCAGACCGCCAGCAAUCCCCUCCGCACACAGGCUGGUGGCACUAGCGACAGGGAGUUCCCGCUGAACAUCACCACCUCGGGGAACUCUGUGAACAUAACUACAGGGAUCGUCAAUGCCACAGUUGCCAACACAAUAUACACCGAUAACCAGCUAGCUGUGUAUCAAGUCGAUAAAGUGCUGCUUCCCUUGAAAUUCUUUGUGCCACCGGCUCCAGCUUCGGCUCCUGCACCUUCAAAGCCAAAAAAAGGAUUGCGAUCUGCAGCUUCUUCCUCCGGAUCAGAUGAUGACGCCCCAGCUGACUCCUCUGGUGUUACCUGUGUCAUUCAAAAGGCGUUGCAGGCAAUAGCCUUUGCCUUUGCUGCAUUUUUCUUGUACUUGUGAGAGACUGCAACUGUUAUUUUAUUGUGAUCUUGUGUGCUAAUGCUGUUGUGAGUUUCAUAUAAGUAAAUCAUUGUUUUCAAGUGAAAAAAUAUAUAAACAUCAAAUUUUAUUUUA